AUUGACAGACGGAGAAGAAAACAUGAGGGCCGAGAAAGAGCUGCUCGCCUGCGGCAGGGAAAGGAGGGCUGUAGAAAUUCAAUUCCGAGAUACGCCAAGGGAUCAAAAUUGCAACGCCGCUAAUCUAAAGCAUAAAGAGGAGAAAAAGGAAGUCUUCACUAAGGUAAUAAUUCGACGUCUGCCACCAAACCUUUCUAAAGAGCAACUCGAAGAACAGUUAAACCCAUUGUCUGCUUAUGAUUAUUUUGAAUUCUUCUCUGCAGAUCAGAGCCUUUAUCCACAUCUUUUCUCAAGAGCAUACAUCAAUUUUAAAAAUCCAGAAGACAUUGUUCUAUUCCGAGACCGGUUUGAUGGAUAUGUUUUUAUUGACAACAAAGGUCAGGAAUAUCCUGCCGUUGUAGAGUUUGCACCUUUUCAAAAAGUAUCUAAGAAGAAGCUAAAAAAGAAAGAUGCCAAGGCUGGAAGUAUUGAUGAAGAUCCUGAAUACAGAAAGUUCUUGGAAAGUUAUUGUGGAGAUGAUGAAAAAACUAUAGCAAAUCCUGAAACGUUGCUUGGAGAGAUUGAAGCAAAGACUAGAGAACUUAUUGCCAAAAGAACAACUCCUCUUCUAGAAUAUAUCAAAAAUAAGAAACUGGAAAAGCAACGAAUCAGAGAGGAAAAAAGAGAAGAAAGACGACGCAGAGAGCUUGAGAAAAAGCGAAUGAGAGAAGAAGAAAAGCGGAAACGCAGAGAGGAAGAAAGGCGUAAAAGGAAGGAGGCAGAGAAGCAGAAGAAACUAGCAGAAAAAGAAAUAAAAAUAAAGCUUCUCAAAAAAACUGACAAAGAUGAUGAACAGGAUUCAGAGAAGCUGGAUGAUAAAGGGGAAGUAGAACCUGAAAAGGGAAAAUGGGAUAAAACUUCAGUUUCUAUUAAUUUAAAAUGUAAACACAUGGACAGCAUAAAUAAAGAACAAAAAGAAAAAGGUCUGACUGAAAGUGACAAGGAGCAACGGGAGCAUGGACGGAGACUGAGAGAGAAAGACCCCGACAGGCAAAGAUGUCGUGAUGAUGAGCAUAAAAGGCAGAGGCACCAUUAUGAGUUUGACAAAUUUAUGAGAAGAAAGGAAGAAACCAAAUGGGGAAAGGGGUUCUGCCAAGACAGGAUUAAGAAAGAUAUUUACACGAACUAUUCAUAUUGUGUGGACAUAAGUGAUAAAUUGGGGAAAGAUGAUCGCUGUGAUGAUUUGGCAUCCAAAAAGGAGCGAAUCCGCAAUAAGGACCGGCCAGCAAUGCAGUUGUAUCAACCAGGAGCUCGCAGCCGAACACGAUUGGGGUCCGGUGAUAAAAGUUAUGAGUGUUCUAACAAAUCUCCAGAUCACAUCUUUGAGAGAAAGUAUGAUGCAGCUGCAGGAACCGGAUCACAGAAAAGUGAAGAUGAGUAAUUCAUUUUGUGUUCUUUGAGUAAAAUGGCACCAUCAAUUGUUUUAUGACAGUUAAGAAAAUAUUUUAAUUUGAUAUAUGUUUAAUUUCAAUUGGGGAAAUUAAAUAAAUAGUUUAAAUUAAACAUUCACUCAGUGACCACUUUAUUAACUUUUCAAUGCUCUCCCAAAACAUCUGAUUAUGUGCCUACAACUCAGUGUAUAUACUAUAUAGCACACAGACAGACAGUCUAUAUCCUAACACAAGGGUCUGCUGGAGCCAAUCCAAACCAGCGCGCAAGGCAGGAAU